AUGACGGCGAUGAAGCCGGAGCCCCGGCCCGGACCCCCCGGGCCCCCCGCUCCGGCCGCCCGACCCGGACAGGCCCCGCACCAGGACCAGGAGCUGGGGGGCCGCGGUCCGCCCCAGAGGAACUGGAGAGGGAUCGCCAUCGCCCUUCUGGUCAUCCUGGUGGUCUGCUCCCUCAUCACCGUGUCCGUCAUCCUCCUCACCCCAGACGAUCUCACCAAUUCCUCGGAAUCCCGAUUGUCCCUGGAAGAUCUUUUCAGGAAAGAGUUUGCCGUCCACAACCCGGAAGCCUGGUGGGUCAAUGAUACGGAUGUGGUGUAUAAAACGAGAAGCGGACACGUCCUCCAACUGAACGUCGAAACAAACGUCACCACGUUACUGUUGGAAAACACAACUUUUGUCACCUUCAAAGCGACGAGGCACUGGGUCUCUCCGGAUUUACGAUUCGUCCUCCUCGCCUACGACGUCCAGCAGGUUUUUCACUCCUCAUUCACGGCGUCCUACGUGAUUUAUAAUAUCUACACCAGGGAAGUGUGGGAGUUGAACCCUCCAGAAGUGGAAGACUCGGUUUUGCAGUACGCUGCCUGGGGAGUCCGAGGACAGCAGCUGAUCUAUAUAUUCGAAAACAACAUUUACUACCAGCCCGACGUGAAGAGCAGCUCGCUGAGACUCACCUCUUCGGGAAAAGAAGGAUUCAUUUAUAACGGAAUCGCAGACUGGUUAUACGAACAGGAAAUCCUGCACACCCACGUGACGCACUGGUGGUCUCAGGAUGGAGAGCGACUGGCCUUCCUCACUCUAAACGACACCCUUGUGCCCCGCAUGAUUCUCCCCCGCUACACCGGGGGACUCUACCCCAAGGGCAAGGACUACCCCUAUCCUAAGGCAGGCCAGGUGAACCCCACGGUGAGGUUAUUCGUGGCGAACCUGUACGGCCCCAUCCACACUCUGGAGCUGCUGCCCCCGGACGCCUUGAAAUCGAGGGAGUAUUACAUCACCAUGGUCAAGUGGGUGAACAACACGAAGACUUUGGUCCGCUGGUUAAACCGUCCGCAGAACGUCUCGAUUCUGACCCUCUGUGAGACCACCACGGGGGCCUGUAGUAAGAAAUAUGAGAUGACGGCGGACUCGUGGCUGACCAAACAGAACGAAGAGCCCGUGUUCUCCCGGGAUGGACGCACGUUCUUCAUGACCGUACCGGUGAAGCAAGGCGGGAGAGGGGAGUUUCAUCACAUCGCCAUGUUCCUGGUUCAGGGCAAGGGCGAGCAGGCGAGCGUCCGACACCUGACGUCUGGCAGUUGGGAAGUUCUGAGGAUCCUGGCCUACGACGAAGACAGCCAGAACAUCUACUUCCUGAGCACCGAGGCCUCGCCCCAAGGACGGCAGCUCUACAGUGUCUCUACAGACGGGCUGUUGAAUCGGCGGUGUCUUUCCUGCGGGUUUAUGAAGGAACGGUGCACCUAUUUUGGCGCUCAGUUCAGUCCCAAGAACGACUAUUUUUUAUUACACUGUAAAGGGCCUGGAGUCCCCAUGGUCAGCAUCCAUAAAACCGGUCAACCGGGAGAGUUUUCCAUUUUGGAGAACAACGCCCCGCUGAGUGCCGCCCUGCAGAGAAAGAAGAUGCCCAGGCCGGAAAUUCAAAUGCUGGCCAUCGAGGACUACGAGCUCCCGCUUCAGGUGGUCUUCCCCAAGGACUUCUCCGAGCGGAACCGCUACGCGGCCCUGCUCAUCGUGGGCGAAGCUCCGGGGUGUGAGGCAGUGAGCGAGCGUUUCGAGGCGGACUGGUGGUCGGUGCUGGGCGAGGCCGGGGGCGUCAUCGUGGCCCGCUUCGCCGGCCGGGGCAGCGGCGCCCGCGGGCUCAGCCUCCUCCGCGACGUCCACCGGGCCCUCGGCGUCGUCGACGCCAACGACCAGAUGGCCGCCGUCAGGUCGCUUCUGAAGCAGCCGUUCGUCGACUCCAAGAGACUGAGCAUUUUCGGAAAGGGCUACGGGGGAUACGUCACGUCGAUGAUCCUGAAGUCCGACGAGCAUCUCUUCAAAUGCGCCUCCGUGUUUGCUCCCAUCACAGACCUGCGCUUCUAUGCUUCUGCUUUCUCAGAGAGGUACUUGGGCAGACCCACCAAGGACGACAGCGUUUAUCAGGCGGCCAGCGUCCUGCACAACCUGCACAGCAUGAGGGACGAAAACUUGCUCAUCAUUCACGGGACGGCCGACGCCGACGUGCAUUUCCAGCAUUCCGCAGAACUAAUCAAGCACCUGAUCGAAGCCGGCGUGAAUUAUACCCUGCAGAUCUACCCGGACGAAGGCCACCACAUCGCUUCCGGGCCGAGCAAAUUCCACCUCUACAGCACAAUCCUCCGGUUCUUCAGCUCCUGCCUGAAGGAGGACGCCCCGCUCUCAUCCCAGGAAUCCGAAGAGGACGACUGAGGCCGGAAAAGGGACGGGAACUUUUCCCGAGGCCUCGACGGGGCCCGGGCGCGAUGGACGGAGGGAAGAUGGCAGGUCGUCGGAGGCCAAGGCCACGCGGGCCCAAAGGGCCGCGGUUUCCCGAGG